AUGCUCGUCCAACUCGAUGAAAUUCUGACCGGCUGGACAGUCAACGAAAAGAUAGAAUUCAACUCGAUGCCUCUCCGUCUCGCCGGCUCCGAACCCUCCCUCUUCUACGCCCUCCUCUCCAACGCGGCCAUCAUGAUGCCACCCGGUCUUAUCUCUCCUGCGAUCCCAAGAUGGCUACAAAACCGCACGGUCGAAUGUAUGAACAAAGCUUUCGAGGACCCAAAACGCGCCUACAGCAACGCAACAAUACUGUCUCUCAACCUCGUCGCCCUCUUUGACUCCAUCUCCGGUAAUGCCAAGUUGGCCCGUAAGACACAUCAACCCAUGUUGCGCAAGAUGGUCAACCAGCGUGGCGGGUUGACAGCAAUGGUCGGUAAAGCUGAUGUUGAUUCGAUGAACCUCGUUCGAUUCCUUGCUUGGACAGAUAGAGUCAUCAGAUGUCAGACAGGCAACGCUCUCAUGUUUGAAGACUUCGAGGAAGACGCAUCAGUCACAAAGACGAAUUGGGAAGACAUCUGGGCUAGAAUGGAGAGAAGGGUUGAGGAGAACGAACCAGAGCCUAUCGAGGAGAUGCCUGAUGCUGAGUGA